AUGCUAGCCGCAAAGCUCAAGUUCGAUGGUCAACGCGUGACAGCUGUUGAACUUGGUGGGUCUGGGAUCGACACGAGGCGGCUCGACGAGGUCCGGUCUGUUUCGGAGUAUCUAGAGCCAUUGAUGAGUUUCAUGGAGUCUGUUCCUGAGGAGGAGAAGGUGGUUCUUGUUGGUCAUAGCUAUGGUGGCAUUGGAAUCUCACUCGCUAUGGAAAGAUUUCCGACCAAAAUCUCUGUCGGAAUCUUCCUCUCUGCUUAUAUGCCUCACCAUGACUUUCCUCCUUCCGUUCUCAUUCAAGAGUAUUUCAAGAGACUACCUGAGGGAUUCGCCAUGGAUUGUGAGUUUACAUUUGAGGAAGGACCACAACAUCCACCAAGUUCAGUUAUGUUCGGUACUACUUUCUUGAAGGAGAAGGCAUAUAGUAAUUGUCAAUUAGAGGAUCUUGAAUUAGCCAUGGCGUUGGUGAAACCGAGCUGGUUAUACCCGAAGGAAAUGGGAAGUGAAGAUUUGCUGACAAAGGAGAGGUAUGGAUCUGGUAAGAGAGUGUUUAUUGUCUGCGAAGGCGACUAUGUGGUUCCAGAGGAGAUUCAGAAGUGGAUGAUUAGUAACUACGAACCUAACGAGGUGAAGGUGAUUGAAGAAGCUGGUCACAUGGCCAUGCUCACUAAGCCUCGACAGCUUUCUCAACUGUUGCAAGAAAUAGCAGCGAGAUGCAACUGA